CAACGAUCAAAUAAGAUCAGUCAGAUUUAGCCCUCGCAAUGCUACGUAAUAAAUUUGUAACGGAAAUCUUUGAAGCAAAACUACUUUUUUUUAACUAAAGAAAAAAUCUCUUGUUGAACUGAAACACUUUGUGUAGAUAUAUGUGUAUUAUAUGCGUAUGUAACGUACGACAUUUGAACAAGUGCAUAACUUGGCAUAUAAUACACGAAUCUUAAUCAAACUCUACCUCGACGCACACAUAUAGUUUACUCAGUGUCCAUCUUGAAAAUCGCGAAUACAAAGUCGAAAAGAAGCAGUGCUGAUUCGCCUUCGUAUUUUGUGUUACAAACUUAUGACACACUUUAGAGAUGUACCAUUUCUUUAUAGAUAUUCUGAUAUCCAUCGCGUUUGCGCACGUUACGUUCGGCGCUCCAACAAAAAAUAGUAAUGAAUUUAGUCAAUAUACAUUAUGCGUCACUGAUGAAUGUAUAAACGCUGCUUCCAAGAUUUUAGCCAAUCUUAAUCGUACAGUUGAUCCUUGCGACAAUUUUUAUCAAUUUGUCUGUGGCAAAUACGCACAUAAUAAUCAAGUCAAUGACUCGUUUCCAUCAAUUGAGUCAUUUGCAGAGAUCCAAAAAAAAACAAAAAUUCAUCUCCGAGAAAUCUUAGAAGAACUUCCUAAGCCAGACGAUACUAUGUCCCUGCUUAAAGCAAAACUUAUAUUUGCACAAUGCGUAGAUAACGAAAACAGAACGGACGAGGAAAAUAUAUACAGAAUCCGUACAGAAAUUAAAAAAAAACAUCCCUAUUUGUGGCUAUUGGAUGUGUCUUCCGAAAGAAAAAAAAGUAAUGUGACGUGGCAAGAUGUAAGCACGACCUUGCUCGAAAAUGGGUUUGAUAAUGGCCUUUUCGAAAUAACAGUGUUACCGGAUAUCAGAAUGUCCAACAGUAACGUUAUCGUUAUCAAUGGACCUUUACUCUCUUCAUCACUGAACUACAAGCUUAAGUUUUUUAAUUUCUCAUUUCCCGAAUGGGCUGAAUAUCCAAUGAUAUAUGAUAUAUUCGACAUCGCAUUCAUUGCGAAUAAUUUAGCACAAGAGAAUAGUGAAACUGACGAAAUUAGAAACAUUACUCAAGACGUACUUGACGUCGCAACGUUUUACGUACAAAUACUAAGCCUGACAGACUCUCAGGAAUAUGAAAAUGAAGAUGUUAAUUAUGUUUCGUUAACCAUUCAACAAUGGCAAGAAGAAUAUGAUAAACAACAUCCCGGAAAGAACGGGAAGAUUGACUGGUAUCACACUAUUCAAAAAGCAUUUUCGUCAGAAGGAAUCGCAAUUCAACCGUCUGAAAAGAUUGUCGUUUUAGCGUAUACAUAUCUUAUCAAUUUGAUACCUGUGUUAGAACAAACAUCAUCUCGCACUAUUGUUAAUUACAUGCAUUUCUAUCUAAAUAUCAAACUUGAACCAUAUAUGAGAAGAUUACCACACACUACACAAAACGAAAUAGACACAAGAGGGAAGACUUGCUUGGAUAAAGUUAACUUGAAAUCCGCUAUUUCGCAUGAAUAUGUCAAGAGAUACAUGUCGCAUUUAAAUAUCCAGGCCAUCAGAGAAAUGAUUAUAGACAUCACGAACGUCGUUCGCGAACAACUAAGACAUUCCACAUGGAUGGACGAAUCUACAAGAAAAGCGUCUCUCGAGAAACUGGCGAAUAUGAGGCGCGAAGUUAUUAAGCCCGAUUGGUACAGCGACGAAGCUAUUGACAGAUAUUACAAAGACUUGGAUGUCGGUACGGAAUAUUUCGACAAUAUCAUAAAUAUACUAAAAUUCGAGAAAAAGAAAACGAUGAGCUUGCUGAGGACACCUGUCGACAGAUCACAAUGGAGUUACGAACCGACAGAUUCGAUAGCUUACUACGUUAUGAAUCUUAAUAAAUUCGUUAUUACUGCUGCCUUGAUGCAAAAUUGGGUAAACGACGGUCUUUCAUUUCUGAACUACGGAUCGGUGGGAUUUAUUGUCGCACACGAAAUGAGUCACGGUUUCGAUAAUGAAGGUCGCAAAUAUAACAUAGACGGCAACGCGAUACCGUGGUGGACGCAAAGAUCUAUUAAUGCAUACGAAAACAUAACUCAAUGUUUCAUUGACCAAUACGAUGAGUAUCUGGUUCCAGGAUUAGAGCAUGAGGGUAUUCACGUAAACGGACAAUGGACACUCAAUGAGAACAUUGCGGAUUUCGCUGGAAUUGCAACUGCAUAUUAUGCGUACAAGAACAAAAAAGCGAAAUCAGAUGACGGCCCUGAAUGGAGGCUGCAGGGACUAGAAGAGUACAACAAUGAUCAAGUUUUCUUCAUGGCUUUUGGUCAAAUAUUCUGUUCCAAUACCUUGCCCGAAACGUUAAAACAGCAUAUUUUCAAAGUUCAUUCUGUAUCUGAAAUUAGAGUACGUGGCAGUCUUUCGAACUUCCGUGAAUUCUCCGAGGUUUACAACUGCCCCGCGGGGAAGCAAAUGAAUCCGAUAAAGAAGUGCUCUUUUUGGUCUGUAACAUGGCGAACACGAGCAUAACACGUGUUAUAAACAUCACUUGGUAGAAAACGAUUUAUCUCGCGCUAUCCCACAAGUAGGACUAGUCAGGUUUAGUCCGUGCAAGCAUCGAUAGUUGGUAAGUAAUGUGCUAAG